AUGGCUGACUCGGAGAUCAAAGAGGCUUUUGCUCUGUUUGACAAGAAAGGCUCGGGUACGAUUGCCAGCGAAAACCUCGGUGAUUUGCUGCGAGCUCUCGGCCAGAACCCAACCCAGGCUGAGGUGGCUGAGCUCGCUUCGAGUGCCCCUCGUGAGAUCGACUUCGCUACAUUCACUAAGAUUUUGAAUCGUCCUAACGGCUUCAAGCCGGCUGGUACGCCUGAGGAAUUCAUCCGUGGCUUCCAAGUGUUUGACAAGGAUGGCACUGGCCACAUUGGUGUGGGUGAGCUGCGCUACGUCCUCACCAGCCUCGGUGAGAAGCUGAGUGACGAAGAGGUGGAUGAGCUGUUGAAGGGCGUGACUGUGAGCGAGGAUGGUAAUAUCAACUAUGAGACGUUCGUACGCCAGAUCCUGUCACAAUAA